GGCAUCCCACCGUCCCAGCCAAAGUCCUCUCCGUCCUCAGUGCCAUUCGUCCCUCACACGCUGUGAGCCUCCCAGAUCAACUCUGGAACUGGACCCCUCAGGGCGGCUCGAAACCCGCCCCUCCCAUUAGCACAGGGCCCUCCAGACAUCUCAGUGGAAGGAUCCACUAUAAGGAGAUGUACAAAGUUGUUCGCACUAUCUCACCUCCUCUGGGCUUUGGAAAGAACUGCCCCCACAGGGUGGCAUGCAAGAGACUUGUUCUGAUGAACAUGCCUGUGGAUGACGACAUGAGCGUCCACUUCACAUCCACCCUCAUGGCGCUGAUCCGCACCGCCCUCGAGAUCAAGAUUGCCAGAGGAGGAGAAGAUAGAAACCAGAUGGAUCUGGAUCUGCAGAAGGAGAUCGGCGUUAUUUGGCCUCAUCUGUCCCAGAAGGCGUUGGACCUGCUGGUCCCGAUUCACAAAGCAAGUGACAUGACCAUAGGGAAGAUCUAUGCUGCCAUGAUGAUCAUGGAUUACUACAAACAAAACAAAGCCAAGAAGUUGCGACAGCAACUAGAGGAACAGAAACACGCUCCCAUGUUCCAGCGAAUGGAUGCAUCUUCUCUUCCUCAAGAAAUCCUAUGCAAUGUGAAGUCUCUGUCGUUCCUCGGGCACAGCGCUGGAUCUGCUCUCACCAGAGGAGGGUUUGUGGCGCUCAGCCCAGUUUCCCCCCAGGAAAUGUUUGUGCAGCAGUUGCCCUGCUCCCGGCAGGAGAAGGAGGAAGAAGAGGAUGCGGACUACCGUUCCCCCUACCACCCCUACCGCCACCGUCUUCACUACCAUCAACAUUUGCACACGCUGGUGCCAGAGGUAGUGCAGUACAACCAACUGAUGCAGCAGACACUCAGUAAAUCACCUCAGCGCACUGCAUCAGUUAGAGCAUCUUCCAUGCCGAGACUGGCUAUUGACCCGCAGCCCGGGUUGUCCGCAGACACCAAGUCCAUGAAACGUUCCUUCUCCACCAUCGGAGACCAGUGUGUGAACGGCCUCUGGCAGGAGCAGCACUCUCUGGAAAGAAUAAGUCCAGACGCCGCCUACAGACCCCGGCAGAGGAGCUUUAGAGGUGAUCGCGUCGGUCAGUCCUGUCAACUCGGCCUCAGAAACUGGUACUCCACGUAACCGCCGCCAGCUUCCUCAGACACCUUCCCGCCCGCGGCCUCACAUCUCCUACUCCCCUCUUGUCUGCCGAGCCUCCACCUCCCCCACCGCUCCAGCCCCCACAGAGGAACAAAGCCUCCCUCCCGAUGGGCCCAGCGACUCCACAGAGACCCCCUGGAGGACUGACAAGGACAGCAGACCCCUGUCGGCGGGUCAGAGCUCCCCUGAAGGCGGCGGCUCAGCACCCAGCCACUCCUCUCCACACCGCUACACCUCAGAGCCCCACCUCCCGUUUCACAAGGAGUCCAGCCCAGCUGAAAGACAGGAGACCCUCACCUUUGAGACCGCCAUCGCCACCACCCUGGGUCGGACACACGCCAUAAGCUCCGCCCCUCAGCUCAGACGCUCAUGGCAGGUUCCGAAC